CUGAGGGGCUUCCAGCUUGUCAGGUUCUAGGUCUUGUUUUCAGGUUAGACCUAUGAUCAUCACCGUGAGUCUUCACUGCACAUUUUCUAACGUGUCUUCCUUGCUUCUGAUGUGUAGUCCUUCGAUAUGGACCUUCUACUUUAGCUAGGAUAUGAUCAGCAAUGAACAGUGGUAAGAUAUGUGCUGAUUAGAAGGCUCACUUGUUCAGUGUGGAGGAUAAGACAGUGCCUUACCAAAAUGGGGUUUGGGAGUGACUUGAAGAAUUCACAUGAAGCUGUAUUAAAAUUGCAAGACUGGGAAUUACGGUUACUGGAAUCAGUGAAGAAAUUUAUGGCCCUCAGAAUAAAAAGUGAUAAAGAAUAUGCAUCUACUUUACAGAACCUUUGUAAUCAAGUUGACAAGGAAAGUACUAUCCAAGUGAAUUAUGUUAGCAAUGUAUCCAAGUCUUGGCUGCUUAUGAUUCAACAGACAGAACAACUUAGUAGGAUAAUGAAGACACAUGCAGAAGACCUAAAUUCUGGACCCUUACACAGACUCACCAUGAUGAUAAAAGAUAAGCAGCAGGUGAAGAAAAGUUACAUAGGUGUUCAUCAGCAGAUAGAGGCUGAGAUGAUCAAGGUUACAAAGACAGAAUUAGAGAAAUUAAAAUCCAAUUAUAGGCAAUUAAUAAAAGAAAUGAAUUCUGCCAAAGAGAAAUAUAAAGAAGCUUUAGCUAAAGGAAAAGAAACAGAAAAGGCCAAGGAGCGUUAUGAUAAAGCCACAACGAAACUACACAUGUUGCAUAAUCAGUAUGUGUUGGCAUUGAAAGGGGCCCAACUUCAUCAGAAUCAGUAUUAUGACACCACACUUCCUUUGCUUUUGGAUUCCCUGCAAAAGAUGCAAGAAGAAAUGAUAAAAGCACUAAAAGGUAUAUUUGAGGAAUACAGCCAGAUAACCAGUCUUGUUACAGAGGAAAUAGUGAAUGUCCAUAAAGAGAUUCAACUGUCGGUUGAACAGAUAGAUCCUAGUACAGAAUAUAGUAAUUUCAUAGAUGUUAACAGAACAACAGCUGCAAAAGAUCAAGAAAUUGAGUUUGAUACAUCCUUACUAGAAGAAAAUGAAAAUCUUCAGGCAAAUGAAAUCAUGUGGAAUAACUUAACAGCAGAAGGUUUACAAGUAAUGUUGAAAACGUUAGCAGAAGAACUUAUGCAGACACAGCAGAUGCUUUUAAAUAAAGAGGAGACUGUCAUGGAGUUAGAAAAAAAAAUUGAAGAAUCGUCUAAGACGUAUGAAAAGAAGUCUGAUAUUGUGCUUUUGCUAAGCCAAAAACAGACACUUGAAGAGUUGAAACACUCAGUCCAGCAGCUACGAUGCACUGAGGCAAAGUUUACAGCACAGAAAGAAUUACUAGAGCAAAAAGUACAAGAAAAUGAUGGGAAAGAGCCACCUCCAGUGGUGAAUUAUGAAGAAGAUGCACGUUCAGUUACAUCAAUGGAAAGAAAGGAGAGACUCUCCAAAUUUGAGUCUAUUCGUCAUUCAAUUGCUGGAAUAAUUAGGUCUCCAAAAUCUGCACUUGGCUCUUCAACAUUGUCUGAUGUGAUCCCUCUAAGUGAGAAGCCACUGGCAGAACAGGACUGGUACCACGGUGCAAUUCCCAGAAUAGAAGCUCAAGACCUACUAAAACAACAAGGAGACUUCUUGGUGCGAGAGAGCCAUGGGAAACCUGGUGAAUAUGUCCUUUCUGUAUAUUCUGAUGGACAAAGGAGACACUUUAUCAUACAAUUUGUUGAUAAUCUGUAUCGAUUUGAAGGCACUGGCUUUUCAAAUAUCCCUCAACUUAUAGAUCAUCACUAUACAACAAAACAAGUCAUCACUAAGAAAUCAGGUGUAGUUUUGCUAAAUCCUAUUCCAAAGGAUAAGAAGUGGAUUCUCAAUCAUGAAGAUGUCACAUUGGGAGAAUUACUGGGAAAGGGAAAUUUUGGUGAAGUAUAUAAAGGAAUAUUAAAGGAUAAAAUUCCUGUUGCUGUUAAAACAUGUAAAGAAGAUCUUCCUCAGGAACUGAAAAUAAAAUUUUUGCAAGAAGCCAAAAUUCUCAAGCAAUAUGAUCAUCCUAACAUUGUCAAACUUAUAGGAGUUUGCACACAAAGACAGCCAAUUUACAUCAUUAUGGAACUGAUUCCAGGAGGUGAUUUCCUCUCCUUUCUGAGGAAGAAGAAGGAUGAACUAAAACUCAAGCAAUUAGUGAAAUUUGCAUUAGAUGCUGCUUCUGGUAUGGCAUAUCUUGAGAAUAAAAACUGUAUACACAGGGAUCUGGCUGCAAGAAACUGCCUGGUAGGUGAAAAUAAUGUUCUGAAAAUCAGUGAUUUUGGAAUGUCUCGUCAAGAAGAUGGUGGAGUAUAUUCAUCCUCUGGCUUAAAGCAGAUUCCCAUUAAAUGGACAGCACCAGAAGCUCUUAAUUAUGGGAGAUACAGUUCUGAGAGUGACGUGUGGAGCUUUGGCAUUCUCCUCUGGGAAACCUUCAGCUUAGGGGUCUGCCCAUACCCUGGGAUGACAAAUCAGCAAGCACGGGAGCAAGUAGAAAGAGGAUACCGAAUGUCAGCCCCUCAGAACUGUCCGGAAGAUAUCUUUAAAAUCAUGAUGAGGUGUUGGGAUUAUAAACCUGAACACCGCCCCAAGUUCGCUGAGCUUCAGAAAGAGCUGGCAGCCAUCAAGAAGAAAAUCACACAGUGACGGAGAAGCACCCCCUCAGCCUCAAUUCUGUCCUCCAGCAGAGUGACAUUGUUCUCAUUAACAAUGAGUUUAUACCACAUUACCUGCAACAAUCUUCUAAGGUUAUUUUUUUAUUAACUUUUUAAAAAUAUGUGCCACUUUUAAAAAAAAGAAAAAAGCAUUGAAGAAAUAGACAGCCCUACCAGGGGCUUUAUGAGCUCACCACAGCAAUCCUGCCAUUUCAGGCCAUUAUAAAUAAAAAAAGCACAGGCAGUAACCAUGAGGUUUACAGAUCAUUUUCACCCCAGGACCAUUGACAUUGCUCAAAGUUUUAUACUUCAGCACAGUUCUUGGGCUACUCUCCUGUGCUACAGCCUCUCCUCAGUUGGUGCUGUAAGCUGUACUGGUAAUGCCAUGUUUGCAGGACACAUUCCAGCCAAUCUUGUCUUCCUGCUCUGCCAAGAAAGGCAAGAUUAUAUUUGUAAAUGUCAUUUUAUGUGGAGAAUUAUUUGGACCUCCUAGAGUUCUUUUUUUCUAAUUGCCAAACAAACAAACAAAUUGCCAUGUAGAGUCAUCAUGCUCUUGUAUUGUAGUAAGGUUAUCAUUUCUGUCCCAUCAGAGAAUGAUACUUGUAAAGUUUUGACUAACACACUGUUACAGUUGAGGCAGCAACUUUUAGAGCACUGUGAUUGUGAGAAAUGAGUUUGAAAGAGCUGGGGUGCAGGGUCAUUUAGGGAAGAUCAGAUAAAGGAGUGAUCAGAGAGGAAGAAAAUAUAAAAUGUGCUUUCUCACCAGAUAACACACACACACAGAUAGACCUUUAAAAACGCACUCUUUUGCUCUGAAUUCACAGAAAAUAAAAGGGUCUCAAAAAUGUUUUAAGUUCAUGGGUAAGAGAGUUCAUAAUGGCUACAAAAAAAAAAGUUGAGACAAAAUGUAAGGCACAAGUUCACAGAAAUAAUAGUGUACUUUUUGGU